CCCCGGCUGCCCCCCAUGCGCUCACCGCCCUCCCCCUGCAUUGGCUGCAGGUGUGGGGAGAUGGCCGGCACCAUGCGCUCGCUGCGGGCCCUGCUCUGCCUCUGGCUACUGGCCGAGGUGGCCCCGGCUUCCCGGGUCCGCACCCGGGUCCGCACCCGCCGGGAGCUGGGCCCGGGCUUGUACGAGCACGGGGUCUACGAUGCCGGGGGGUCCUACUGCCAGCGGGGGGACGUCUGCUGCCACGGCCGCGACGACGCCUGCACCGUGCCCUACCACGACACCCUCUGCUACUGCGACCUCUUCUGCAACCGCACCGUCUCCGACUGCUGCCCUGACUUCUGGGAGUACUGCCUGGGCAUCCCGGCCCCCUUCCCCAAAGCCCCAGGCUGUGCCCGCGCUGGCCGCAGUUAUCCCACCGGAGCCAUGUACCGGGAGAACUGCAACCUCUGCACCUGUGGCCCCGGUGGGCAGUGGCAGUGCGAGGACCAUGCCUGCCUGAUGGACGGGGACCUGAUCGACGCCGUCAACAGGGGCAAUUACGGCUGGAGAGCCGCCAACUACAGCCAGUUUUGGGGCAUGACGCUGGAGGACGGGAUCCGGUACCGCCUGGGCACCUUCCGACCCUCUCCCACCGUCAUGAACAUGAACGAGAUGCACAUGAACAUGGACUCCAACGAGGUGCUGCCCCGACACUUCGACGCAGCCACCAAGUGGCCCGGGAUGAUCCACGAGCCCCUGGACCAGGGCAACUGCGCCGGCUCCUGGGCCUUCUCCACGGCGGCCGUCGCCUCGGACCGUAUCUCCAUCCACUCCAUGGGACACAUGACUCCCGCCCUGUCACCCCAAAACCUCCUCUCCUGCGACACCCGCAACCAGCGGGGCUGCAGCGGGGGGCGGCUGGACGGCGCCUGGUGGUACCUCCGCAGGCGAGGGGUGGUGACGGACGAGUGCUACCCCUUCACCAGCCAGGAGAGCCAGCCGGCGGCGCAGCCCUGCAUGAUGCACAGCCGCUCCACGGGCAGGGGCAAGCGCCAGGCCACCGCUCGCUGCCCCAACCCCCAGACCCACGCCAACGACAUCUACCAGUCCACCCCCGCCUACCGCCUCUCCUCCAGCGAGAAGGAGAUCAUGAAGGAGCUGCUGGAGAACGGCCCUGUGCAAGGUGAGGGGCUGGUGUGGGCAACCCUGUCGUCACAGCCCAAAGCCCGGGUGCUGCAGGGGCUGGGGGGGGAUGUUGGGACGGCGGCCAACUCCUGGGGCACGGCGUGGGGCGAGGGCGGCCAUUUCCGCAUCGCCCGCGGCGUCAACGAGUGCGAGGUGGAGACCUUCGUGGUGGGCGUCUGGGGCCGCGUCAGCGUGGAGGACAUGCCCCACAACCAGGAGAGCCAGCCGGCAGCACAGCCCUGCAUGAUGCACAGCCGCUCCACGGGCAGGGGCAAGCGCCAGGCCACCGCUCGCUGCCCCAACCCCCAGACCCACGCCAACGACAUCUACCAGUCCACCCCCGCCUACCGCCUCUCCUCCAGCAAAACCUCCCCCCCCCGCCUCACUGCCCUGCCUUUCCAAUGCAGGUGGGGAGAAGAGCAGCUGCCUGAUGGCCAGACCCAAAAAUACUGGACGGCGGCCAACUCCUGGGGCACGGCGUGGGGCGAGGGCGGCCAUUUCCGCAUCGCCCGCGGCGUCAACGAGUGCGAGGUGGAGACCUUCGUGGUGGGCGUCUGGGGCCGCGUCAGCGUGGAGGACAUGCCCCACAAGUGAUCACCUCCCUGCCUGCGGGGUCCCCCGCUCCCCACACACACGCCGGGGGCCCCCCCAGCCCCGCGGGUGUCCUUGUCCCUAAAAUGGCCCUGCCCAGCACCCGCAGCCCCUCCGUCCCCUCCCGGGGGGCAGCCGGGCAGGGGGAUGGGGUUGUCCCCCGGGUCCCCGUCCCCGGUGUGUCCCCGCUGUGCUGACGCGGCAGCUGGGUGCAGUGGUGCGUGCGGCCGGGGGGGCCCCGUCCCUCAUCCCGGGGGAUUUACCCACUAAUCCCCCCGGGCCGGGCUCGGCUGGGCUUUGGUGGCAACCGGGGGCUCUUCAAAGGCAGCCACCCACCCCCCCAGCAGCUUCACCACCCUCCUCCCAGCACUGGUGGCCGUGGGGCUGGGGGAGCACCGCAGUGGGACCCCCAGGGCUCCUGCACCCCCAUAUUUGCUCCCCUCACCCCAGGGAGCCGGGGGGGGGUGUGUGAAAUGACCCAGCGGUGCCCGGGGGGGGCUCAGCCAUGGCCCUGGGGCUGGAGGAGCCCCGAGGCUGGGUGUUGCCAGCUGGGGAUGGGGUCCCCACCG